AUGUCCGCCAACGAGUAUCUCAACUUUCCACCAGGGACGCAUAUUCUAGAUGAUCGGGACACCGGCAGGAAUGGCAAAAAGGGAAUUAUUCUCAAUCCUACACCUUCAAAUGACCCAGAAGACCCAUUGAACUGGACCACAUUGAGAAAAACGGUGAACUUCGGACUCACUUGCACAUAUGUUCUAUUUACUUUCGUCUUGCUUGAUAUCGGUGUCGUGGCGUGGUCGAUAUAUACCGAUGUUCUGCAUUUGUCCUGGUCAACCUUGAAUCAAGCCGGCGGUGCCUCAUAUGCUGGUCUUGCGAUAGGAUGCCUGUUCUUUAUUCCCUGCGUGCAUAAGUUCGGUCGAAGACCUCUCUACCUCAUCAGUGCAUUGAUUCAGUUUGCAUGUGCGAUUUGGUACGCAAAGUUCAAAUCUGCCGGUGAAAUGAUAGUCAUCGGUUUGCUGGCCGGUCUCGGGGGCUCAGUCAGCGAGGCCAUCGUGAUGAUCACCGUCGUUGACUUGUUUUUCGUGCAUCAGCGCGCUCGUAUGAACGGCAUCUUCCUCUUCAUGCAGAGUCUAGGUACACUGGGUGGUCCCAUCGCCGCGGGGUACAUCAUAGUCUCCAUCCAAUGGCGGUGGAUGUGGUGGAUUACCGCAAUCGUGCUCGGCGCCAAUCUUCUACUUGUUCUUUUCUUCUUUGAAGAAUCCAAAUAUGUUCCCCGAUCAAUGUCAACUGGGCACAAGAUACCCAAGAAAAGCGAGGUGGCAGAUACCAAUGGUGCCUCAUCUGACAAUGGAGAUCAAUCCAACAACAGCGGCUACCUGCCAUCUGACUCAUAUCUUGUGGAAGCCCAGACUUACCCUCGCAAAACAUACUUUCAACGUCUUGCACUGGUGACAAAGACCGACGUCCCAAUCCUCCAAAAAUUGUACCGGCCUCUAGUGGCCCCUUUUCUAUUUCCAGCAGUCUCAUUCGCUGCAAUUCAAUACGGCGUGAUUCAAGCAUGGUUCUCUGCAACUACCUCGACCGGAAACGAUAGGUUGAAAUUACCGCCUUACAGUUUCAAACCGAAUGCAAUUGGUCUGUUCAAUCUUGGAGGAUUUAUUGGUGCUUUCCUUGCUACAUUCACCGUUGCGUUUCUGAGUGAUUGGCUUGUUGUUUGGCAGUCUCGCCGAAAUAAGGGUAUCUUUGAGCCAGAGAUGCGUUUGUGGUUGCUUUUCCCUGCCAUCAUAUGCACAUCCAUAGGCUCCUGGGUUUUUGGUAUCGGACUUGAACAGGGCUGGCACUGGAUCAUCCUCGCUGCUGGAAACGCGAUUUUUGGGUUUGGAUUUAUGAUCACUGGAGAUAUGGCUCUGACAUACCUCACAGAUUGCUAUCCCUUGAUCCUUAAUGAUACUCUUAUCUCCGUCGUGUUUAUUCGUAAUGCCCUUGCAAUGGUCAUCAGGUUCGCACUUACGCCCUGGAUCACCGGGAUGGGUGUUCAGAACGCGUUCAUUCUGAUUGGUGUCCUCUCCCUUGUUACUAUGGUCAUGCCUGCUCUUCUUAUGCUCUAUGGCAAGCGUGCCAGGAUACACACUGCGCAAAAGUAUAUGGAAUAUGCUGCCCACCAGGUAUCUCAAAGAUCGGAUCUUCAGCACAGUUAG